GGUCGGAAGGGAAAUGCUGAGGGUGGUAGAGUUGGACAGAGGCGGCAGUUGUUACAAAACAGUGGAAGACAUACUCGCAGGAGCAGAGAGGUUUAGAAGGACGUAAAAGACUGAGAAAAUAGAGCAGCAGGGAUGAUACCUACAUCUGCAAACUGUGCCUUAGCCCUGGCAGCUGUUCUGACUGGUGUGUUACUAAUGGAGGCAGAGGCUGGGGUGGUUGGAGACUUCAACCAUGUGGAGCGCUGCAAGGACUCUCUGUACAUGGGCACUCCACCCCGAGGAUACCUCAGCAACUCCUUUAAGAAGAUCUGCCAGAGGUACGAGGAUAAACCCCGGUACGUCACCCUGUAUGACCCCCACAGACACGUCCCCAUCUACUCCGCCUACACGUUCAAGAAGUCCGACGGGGAGAAGAAGGUGGACUUCCCUUGGAUGUUUGAGCCUCAGUUGGCCUCAGAGAAGAGCAGCAGCAACAUGGAGCCCUUCCCCCAGUCUGCAAGCAUGCAUAUGAACUUUGAGGACACCCAGGCGGUCCUGGAGGACUACGCCGACGUGGUCCAGUACGAACGCGGCCAACUCAAUCCCGAUGAGCACCAGGCCGACCCUCUAGACAAAGCCUCCACCUACAGCUUGACCAAUGUGGUGCCUCAGAUCAGGGAGUUCAACUUGGGUCCCUGGGCCGAACACCAGGACCUCAUCCGGAAACGCCUCAACAACUACUGCCGCGGCAAAGCCUUUGUGGUCACCGGGGUCACCACUUCGGGCCACACGAUCCGUCGCAACAACCUGGACCGGGUGGCCGUACCGGAGUACAUGUGGUCGGCCUACUGCUGCACCGAGUUCGACCAGAAUGCGCCGUACUUUGUGCGCUACAAGUUCCCUGUAUUUGGAGCUUAUGGGUUCAAUGAUCGCAUCAACAACAACAUGGUGGAAGUUCCUCUCAAAAAUCUGGAGAAAUUCCUCAAGGGGAGGAUGGAUGUGGACAAGAACUUCCAGAUUUUCUAUAAUGAUUGUGUGCCAGAGAGCUGAGAGGGAGUUGAAAAUGUGUUAGAGAUCCAGCACUUGACUGCAGAAAGGUUUAAUGUUCUUGCAGUUUGAAUAUGCAUAGAAAUAAGACGUGCUGUGAAUCUAGAUGAUGCAUUGCAAGAAAUAAAAAUUGAGUCUAUCUGUU